AUGGAAAAAGAUAUUAAAAACAGGAAUAAUGAAGACGAAAACGAUGAAGGAGAAUCAAGAGAAAUGAAAUUAAACUUAAUUACAAAUAGUAAACAAGCAAAUCAACAUUUAGUGUCUUUAACCGGAAAACCUUUGACUCAAAAACCUAACGGAUCAAAUCAAGCAUCUCCAAACACAUCAGGAACAAGUCUACAAUUGCAAACUAGUGAAAGUGAAGCGAUUACAGGAACUGAUACAAAAAAUGACAAAAAAGGACUUUUUGAUGGAAUUAAAAAGAUUUUUAAAUGA